UCGAUUUACUGAAAAACUUUUGCGUUAAACGACGCGUAGCGCCGCAUAAAUGAUUUUCUUUCUGAAUUAAGUAUAGCAUAUUGUUAAGAUGUGAAAUGUUGUGACUGAUACUAGCGUAUUUUGAUUGUGUUGCGACUUUGACAAUGGUUUCUAAAUUCGGUGUGCUGUGAUUGCGGAAUGAAAGGUUACGAGAUACAAUGGGUCAUCGGCAUCACAUUAGCGGUUGGCCUGGCGGCUAGUUCGGGGGAUAAGCGUCCCCAGUUCGUAGUGGAGCCGCCGUCACGAGUACUAUGGCCGGCGACACGUGGUGCAUAUGCGGCUUGUCGCGCAACUGGCCACCCUACACCUGACGUUCAUUGGGUCACUGCUGAGGGCCAAGUGAUCACAACUAUACCUGGAUUGAGACAUGUUCUUUGCGAUGGUCGGCUAGUGGUAGGAGCGCGGCGGUCGCUGGUCGACGCGGGAGGAGGAGGCAACAGCGCAGUACUCCGCUGCAAAGCAUCAAAUCGUGCAGGAGUUACAUUGUCAAGACCGAUGCUCCUUCAACCAGUCGAAGACAGCGUGCUCUCACACUUGGUGCGCCAGCUUACUCCCGCGAAGGUUGGAGGAUCCGUGGUGCUUCGGUGUGAAGUAUCGCCACAGUUUGGUUUGGCUGAUAUCACGUGGUUACAGGAUGGACUGCCCUUAUCCUCAGGGUAUAUGGGAGCAGAAACACGUUGGGUGUCGGGAGCCGGCGGCUUGUUACUUGGCUCAGAUUUGACGCAGGCCGAUAUACAAGCGGAAUAUUCGUGUUUGGCGCUCGACACGCCCAGCCCGCCGUUGAAGUUAACAACAGAUGAUAGCAGUUGGUUAGAAAACAUAGAAGUGAAUUCAAUCGAAGCUCGUACAGGGGAUACAGUUUUACUACCAUGUAUAUUAAGACAUAUCAACAAACAUACUAUUACUUGGCAGCGACAGGAGGCGAAUGGUGUAUGGGUGUCCGCGGGUGAAGGGGUUGUGCGCGGAGGUACACUCGUUUUGCCAAGCGUACGUACGCACCAUGCGGUGCGGUACGCUUGUUCACAGGGGACGGAGACGUCCCCGCGCGUGAUUGUACGACUUGUGGUUUAUGAACCCUUGACGGUUAUAGUUACACCAAAUCCUCUGAUGUUAGGCACUGGAGCAACCGGUCAUUUCAACUGCUCAAUUCAAGGAGGUCGAGGGGGAGGGGUCACAAUAAGCUGGCAGCAUGAGGGCCGACCGUUACAUUCUCCUCAACCAAGGUUGGCCCUUGGUCCGGUUCGACCACACCACAUUGGUCUUUAUCAAUGCACGGCUUAUGACCAUUCUGACUCUGCAGUAGCUGGUGCUGAACUUGUAAUAGCUGACAGGCCGCCUAGACUGGUAUCGACGUUCAGCGAAGCAAUAACGAGAAUCGGACAAACUAUUGCGUUUAGAUGUGCAGCUACUGGAAUACCAUCGCCGAGAAUUUUGUGGACUUUAGACGAUAGACCUUUGCCAUCCGCUCCUGAAAAAUAUAGUGUGAAUACUAGAGCGGAAACGUUAAAUGGAGGCGAAGAAGGGACAAUUGUAUCAACUUUAAGUAUCACAAUAAGAAGCGCUGAUGAAGGGGGAAGAUAUGGAUGUAACGCAACUAAUUCAGGCGGCUCUCAGGCACAUCAUGCAAGAUUAAAUGUUUUUGGUGCUCCCAAUAUAAGAUAUUUGCCUCCAAUACACGUGAAGACAGAUACAGAUGUCUCCUUAUAUUGUCCAUAUUCUGGGUAUCCUAUUAAGGAAGUUAUCUGGCGUAGAGAAGAUGGUUCUUUAGUUGAAACAUCAAUAGAAACGAAUGAAGAACGAGGCAUAUUACGAUUAACUACAGUUAGAAGUUCUAUAGCCGGAAGUUAUACUUGUGAAGUGAGAGCAGAAAGUGGAGAACUGGCGCGAAGAACUGUUAGAAUAGAUGUUCAUAAACCACCAAAAAUAGCACCAUUUCAGUUUCCUGAAGAACUAGAAGUGGGUGGAAGUACACAAGCUACAUGUAGUUUGAUUUCAGGAGAUAAACCCAUUCAGUUUUCAUGGCUCAAAGAUAAUUUACCAAUUCCAUCAACUUUAAAGGUGGAACAGAAGAAUAUGGACUUCUUUACAAUAUUGGUAAUUCAAGAUUUGAAUUCCAUGCACAGUGGAGAGUAUUCGUGUAAAGCAACUAAUGAUUUUGGAACCGUGAUUCACAGCGCAUCGCUUAUAGUUAAAGAACUACCAACAUGGGUGUGGCGCCCUCAGAAUACGUCGGUGUCAGCUGGUGCCGCUGUUUUGCUGCCGUGUUCGGCUAAGGGACAACCGAUGCCAAGAAUAUCUUGGGAAUUUUCUUCUGAGGGAGAAAAUUGGCGACACAUCCUUUGGGGUCAAUCAGAAUCAAGUGAUGCUAGCGAAGGUUCGAUACUCUCUGACGGUACGGUUUGGUUGCGGGUCGCAACGCCAGAGCAUGAGGGGUGGUAUCGAUGUACGGCGCGUGUUCAGCAUUCAUUCUUGCAUCAUUCUUUUUACCUAGAUAUAAGAGAACCUCCAAAGCUUUCUCGUGGAGGUGGUGCAGGUGAGACUCGAUGGGUGGUUAGAGGAUCCACGGCACGACUUACUUGUACUGUCCGAGGAGAACCAGAAAUACACAUACAUUGGACUCAUGACGCCAGACCCCUGGCAUUGCAUGGCUCAGGUGGCGUCGAAAUGAGGGAUUUAGGCAACGGGGGAAUGACGUCAGAAAUAACGAUAUCGCAUGCGGGUCCGGAACACGCGGGCGAUUAUCGGUGUAUGGCCAGGAACUUAUACGGAAGCGAUGAGCUACUAUUUCGACUCUUUGUUAAAGAACGCCCGAACACACCCGAGGAAGUUCGAAUAUCAGAAGUGUGGUCGCGUAAAGCGCGCGUUACGUGGCGCGUAGCUCGCGGCGCGUUUGUGUCACACUACUCAUUGCAGUACCGCCCUCUCACUCGCGAUUUAACAAACUCUCCGCUUAACGCGCCGCUGCCCGCUCUGCUCGACACGUGGGAAUCGCCUGACGUACUUAACAUAACACUGGCUAAUUCGGAUUUGCUUCACGUCGCCACUGAAGGACCAAGUAGAGCUGGCGCGUCAGUGGCAGGCCUGUCGCCAGAUACCCGAUACGUGCUCAGAUUAGCGGCAUUCAAUGACGUAGGAGCUUCUGCCUACACAUCGCCCUUGCAUUUCACAACGCGGGAAGAAGCGCCCGGAGGUGUUCCACGUGACAUCACGGUACGAGCACUCAGAGCUCGGGAACUUCAAGUUACCUGGCAGGCUCCUCCACGUGAAACUUGGCAUGGAACUCUCCUAGGUUACACAAUUCGGUGGUGGGAAGCAUCUGAAGAGGGGAAGACAAUUGAUACAGGAUCAGAAAGCGGUGCAAGUGCGGAUGCUACUACCACGACACUUAGAGGCUUAAAAGCAGCAACUAGAUAUGGUGUUACCGUGAGAACGUAUAACGCAGCUGGCACAGGACCGCUGUCACCGCCCCAUUAUCGACAUACGUUAGAAUCACCACCAUCUGGAGGUCCAGAAGACCUUUCUUGCACCUCGAGUAGUUCGACUUCGCUUCGUGUAUCAUGGCGUCCACCAAACCCAGACGCAAGGGGGGGACAAAUAACCCACUACACAUUACAAUAUACUAAACGAGAUUCUGAUCCUUUACAACCGACUCAAGAUGCACAUUUAAGAGUACAAGGUGAAGAAGCAACAGUAUCACGUUUAACGUCUUAUGCUGAGUAUGAAAUUAGAGUAAGAGCUCACAACGCUGCCGGAGAUGGUCCAUUAUCUGCACCCCAAGUUUGCAAAACAGACGAAGACGUUCCGAGCGCUCCGGGUGGCAUGAAACUGAUCGCUCUUAGUGAGCGCUCGCUGAGAGCGUCCUGGCUGCCGCCUCUUGAGCCUAAUGGGAGACUGACUCAUUAUUCACUUUACGUUAAAGAUUUAUCUGGUUCUCAAGAAGCAAAUGUCACUCGAGUCAAUGCGUGCACUGAUGGUGAAGGUUCGAUUGAAUGCAUGAAGCCAUUACGUGGUCUUCGGGCAGGCAGGACUUAUGAAGCAUGGGUUCGAGCUGCUACUGUUAUUGGAGAGGGUCCACCGUCCUCGGUUAUAGCUUGUCAGACAAGUGCACUGGCACCGGCUCGUAUUUCUUCGUUCGGCGGUGUCGCAGUAGGAGCCGCUGGUGGUUCAUUAUCACUCCGUUGUGUCGUCGGAGGUGUUCCUCCACCAGCUAAGCGUUGGCUUCGAGGCGGAAGUCCCUUACAUCCUCGAGCACCUUUCCAUUUGGAUGGAGAUGCCCUUUUAAUACGAAACUUAGAAUUAUCACAUGCUGACAAUUACACUUGUGUGGCCGAAAAUCCACAUGGUUCAGAUUCUGUGACAUGGCGAGUUUAUGUACUGAGACCACCAAUACCUCCAGGAUUAGCUUUAUUGGAAGCAAGAUCGAGAGAACUGGAAUUAGAACUUAGACCUGCUCCUAGAGCUCAAGGUCAUGCAUUACCAAAGGCGUAUACUUUACAUUGGAGGCUUGCUGCACCAGAGGGUGAAUGGCGUAUACAAUCAGCAAGCCCAGGACCAGUAACUUUAACAGGUCUCCGUUGUGGAUCGGCAUAUCGAGCUUAUGGCUCAGCUGGUGGAGCUCCAGGGGCUGAAAUAUCUAUUCGAACUUCUGGGGGUCCUCCCACGGCGCCACCAGAUACAAGAUGGAUAAGAGCAAACGCCACACAUGCAAGAUUUGAUACGAGCAUGUGGUCUGAUGGUGGUUGUGGGCCAGUGGCUUUAAAAUUAGAAUGGGCUGGUUCUGGGGUCGCUGGAGCAAGAGAUGUGCCGGUUGGAGGAGAGGUUAUUUUAGGUGGAUUAAACCCAGGCUCAAGAUAUCGUGUAGCGGCACGUGCGUCUAACGAAGCUGGCUGGACUCGUGAGGUGUACGAGUUUACAACGACGCCGGCUGAGGGAAGUUACGCAGAGGAAGUUGACGCUCCCUUUCCUGCAACUGCUGGGGAACUAGCAUUGUUAUUGGCUUUGUGUGCAGCGCUAUCUCUUGCAGCAUUGACUAUAUUGGCUAUACUUUUGAGGCGGAAAAGAAGCGACGGGGCAGUGGCUCGUGUAAUCACUAGCGGCGACAAGCCGGGCUGCGGCACGUACCGGCCGCCCCCGCACCCUACACCCAAACUACCUCCGGACCCGCCAGACGUGUAUGAAAUAAGUCCGUACGCAACGUUCGCGGGUGGCGAUGCGCUGCCGGGCGGGGGCUCGCGCGCUUACACGCUGCAACUGCGCGCGCUGGCCCGACAUGAAGAUGACGCCGCGCCGCCUGCACAUCCACCCUGUUGUGAUGAAGAAACAUGCGUGGACGCAUGCGAGGCUCAACGACGACGCCGACGCCGACGACAUUACUGCCCUGAUCACGGUUGCUCACAAGACUCGGGAAGUUGAAGUACACUGCCAAAACAUUUAGUGAAAAAUAUCUAGUCAACUUAAUUAGAAAAUUCCGUUAUACAUAUUAAUAUGUAUACAAAAAUUUUUACAAUAAUAUUGUCUAUUUAUAUUA